AUGAAGAGAAGGAUAGGCAAUGUAAACACUCUACACCAACAGAGCGCAUCAACGCAGAUAAAGUUUGACGGAACAGAUCUAUUACAUGUUCAGAUCCCUCAUGAGGACCCGUUGGUCGUAAGUUUGACAGUAGCCAAAUGCUCGGUGCCCAGAGUUCUGAUUGAUCCUGGAAGUAAUGCGAACAUUAUGCCAAGGGACACAUUUGAUCGGCUCGAGAUCAAACGGGAUCGGCUGCAACCCACCGGGAAUCCUCUACUAGGGUUUGAUGGAAAGCGAGUAGAGCCCGUCGGUACGGUGGAGGUAGCGGUACAUGCUACCGAGAGAGUUCUGAUGGAAACCUUUGUGGUUGUUGAAAUUCAUCCCUCUUACAAUCUUCUGAUAGGCAGAGGGUGGAUCCACAGAGUUCAAGGUGUUCUUUCCACUCUACAUCAGGUAAUGAGAUGCCUGGGGCCAGACGGGACCAAAGUGAUUGACAUUCAUGGGGACCAGGUUGCAGCUAAAAAAUGUUAUUCAGUAACGCUGAAACACGCCAGAAAGGGAAAGCUCUCAUUCGUUCAGCAAGUCCGAUAUAACAAUUUCAAGAGCCUCCCUCCAAGCAGAAUGGGGGGGAGGAGCCAGUGA